CGGGAAGUGAGGUUACGUGAUUAUUUUAUUUAUCAAAAAAAUUCAAUUUCCCAGCUUAUACCUACGUUAGGUGUAUUAAAACUAGAAAAAGUGGAGUUGGUGUUUGAAUUAAAGUGAUUAUCUCGUGUUAUUUAACACCUUUUCAUUGAUAAAAUCGGUGUAAGAUUAGUGGUCAUAAAAAUGGUUUUCUGUUAAUUAUUCGGCAAGAACCACAAAAAAUGAGUUGUGAAUACUUUUCCAAAGCCAUAACUGUGAGUGACUUUGACCGAAUCUGCCGCACGUGUCUCGGGGACAAUAAAACAAGGCCCAUCAUGGACACAAUAAUUGGGGACUUUAAAGCAGUUGAAUUACUGGAGUCUUGCGUAACUUUACAAGUGACAAAAAAUGAUUCGUUGCCUCAGAACAUAUGUGAAUCAUGCCUGAACGAACUUUACCGUUUUCACGAGUUUAAAAAACAGUGUCAGGAUAACGAAGCUGUCUUAAAAUUAUUGCUUGAACAGCCACAAUCCGAGCAAAAACUAGGUGAAGACGAAGAAUUUUGCAAUAUAACGCUAAUUGAGGAGGAAGAAGUUGAAAAAAACGAAACUUCCGAAGAAAAACCCAAGUCUAAGACUGAUCCAAAAACCCACAAGUGUGAAAUCUGCGAUAAGGUCUUCACUCGCAGCAAGCUCACGCAACACAUGCGCACCCACACGAAGGAAAAGCCCUACCAAUGCGAAAUCUGCCUCCAGAGUUUCAGUAUGCGAGGCAAUUUAAAGCGCCACAAAAUGACACAUACGGGGGAACGCCCCCACGUUUGCUCCACCUGUGGGCGGGGUUUCAUCCAAGCCACGUCGCUCCACGCCCACGAAAAAACCCACACACACGACGAUCAAUACGCACGUGACCAAACCGACCCAAUGAAAUUCCUUUGCACGUACUGUGGGCGUGGCUUCAAGCGCCUCGUUCCGUUCAACGCCCACUUGGAGAAACACACUCGGACGAAACACCACGCCAAAAAAGAGGAAACUCCAGAAGCGCGCGAACAUAUUUGCGAGAUUUGUUCGCGUGGUUACAAAACCAAACAUUUGUUAAAAGCGCACAGUUUAACGCACGGCGAAAAGUCGUUUUUAUGCAGCGAUUGUGGCAAAGGUUUCGUCACGAAAGCGGCGCUGCAGUCGCACCUCAAAGUCCACACGGGGGAAAAACCGCACCGGUGUAUCAUCUGCCAAAAAUCGUUUGCUCAUGUUGGCAGUUUUGACUCUCACAUGUUAAUUCAUUCCGGUCUUAAACCGUACGAUUGUAGUUAUUGUCCCAAAUCGUUCACUCAACUGUCACAUUUGACCUAUCAUUUGCGGACACAUAGUGGCGAAAGACCCUUUUCGUGCUCCUACUGUGGCAAAAGUUUCGCCCUUAAGGGCAAUUUAACAGUACAUGUGAGGACACACACGGGGGAGACGCCCUACGUGUGCCCCGUUUGCGGAAAAGGUUUCUACGAUUCAAGCAGCAUGAAAAAACAUCAAAGGAACCAUAGGGCUCAAGAGUUUGAAACAGCUAGAGGUGGGGAAAAGCCGGAUGUACCCAACUGGGCGGAGUCUAACUGCCCGCAAACCUAGACAUGUCUCUAGGUCACUGAUUUUUUUAUCAACUGUGUAGAUAAAAAAAGUACUAAAAAUAAAUUUCGUAACUAGAA